UCUUCUUUGAGGCUGCUGCUGCCAUUUUUGUCUGCUGCCUGCUCCUUCACACAUCUGAAGCAAAAUGGCGUCAGGGAUCAAGACUUCUGAUGAAGUGACGACGCUCUACAAUGAGAUGAGACUGGUGAAAAAUGAUGCAAAUCAAAUGGAACGCAUAAGAUUGGUAGUGUUUGAGAUCAAAGACAACCAGAUCCAACCGACCAAAACUUUCAGGCAAAAGGAUCUGCUCGAAGUGGAGAAUGUCUACAAGCUUUUCCUGGAGCAGAUGCCCUCGGAGACAUGCUGCUACCUCCUGUAUGACUGCCACUUUGAAACCAAGGACUCACCCAAAGAAGAACUCGUACUUGUGAUGUGGACUCCUGACACAUCAAAGUGCAAAGACAAAAUGGUCUACGCCAGCUCAAAGCAAUCCAUUAGGAAAGCCGUGCCAGGUAUCAAGCACGAGAUGGAGUUCAAUGACACUUCUGACUACGAGAUCGAAACCUUUGCAGAGAAACUGGGGAAAAACAUUUCGAAGAUUGAGGGCCACCCUUUUGGAUGCAGAAAGUAAUUAACAAAGCAUAAAAGGUCAAGUAAAGGGGAUUUGAGAUGAGGACACCAGGGCUUCUAAAUUAACCUCCGUUUCAAGGAUUGGGUCGUCACAGUUUAAAGGGAGGGGUUAGACAUGGGAUUAGAUUCCUGUUACACAACAGCUGAGGUCUGUGCUCUACUACACGUUCUAGUCACACCAGCUUGUUGACAUAAUAUAAUUAAUGAUUGGAGGUAUUCAUACUUUGAUACUAUUGUCUGUCACUUGACUAUUGGUUACAAUUCCAAGUGAUUGCUGAUAUGUACAAACCGUACAUACAUGAUGUUAGAACCAUGUCUAUUCCAUCUGCCUUGCUUUAGGGGUUGGUUGAUAACUUCUCUGCAUACAGCUAUAUCUUACACACCCUGUUAGGUUUAAAGGUCAAAAUAUCCAGGCUAAAACUCUGAUAUCUGUUUUUCUAGACUCUUACACUUUAAUGAAUACAAAAUAGUAUGACUUUUACAAAGAAAAAUUAUUUCAACGAAAAUGCAGGAGUCCUUGCAUUGAGUAUUGUCAAAUAAAUUUGAUGGAAUCAA